AUGGUGAUUACGCGUGACGAAGCUGCUGCGGCCCAGAACACGACGGAGCGGCUGGUCGACCUGCAGGAGCCGGGGACCAGCGCGAACGGACAGAGACCCCAGGGCGCUCAACCACGGCCACUGAUGAUGCAGCCGGCGGCAGAGACAUCAGGUUUUUUCUUGCUCGGUUCCGAGGUGAGCCGGGUUGGCUUGCGAAUGCCGGAAUUUACGCCAACUGAUCCGGAACUAUGGUUCAGUAUUAUUGAUCGGAGUUUCCACGCCUCGGGGAUCACGGCGGACGCGACGAAAUUUGGGUACGCGCUGACUACACUCGGGCCACGAUAUACUCUCGAAGUGCGGGACAUUAUCAUGAAUCCGCCCGCGGAAGGGGCGUACGAGACAUUAAAAUCGGAGCUCACAAAACGCCUGAGUUUAUCGCAGGAACAUAAGACGCGCCGGCUCCUCGAGCACGAGGAAAUCGGGGACAGAAAACCGUCGCAGUUUUUACGGCAUCUCCGCAGUCUUGGUGGUAACGCGGUCGGUGAUCAGGUGGUGCGAACUGUUUGGCUGAGCCGAUUACCAGCGCAUAUUCAGCCGCAUUUAGUAACGCGCACGGCGGACACCCUCGAACAGUUGGCCGAUAUCGCGGGCGCGAUUGUUGAGGCCACUAUGACGCCGCUAUACCAGGUAGCGGAGGCGACGAGGUCCUCGGCAAGUCAGGCCCAACCGAGGAACGACCCUGUAUCGAUGGAGGCGAAGCUAGAGUUGCGGUUGGCGCAGAUGAGACUGGCCCUGCAGCAGGAGAUGUCCGAACAGUUGUCGGCUAUACGUCGGUCCAUCAAUGAGAUAGGCGAGAAUCGGCGCGCUUGCCGUGAUCGCAGUGGUGAUCGACGCCGUCCGCGUUCGCAUUCGCGGUCGCGAUCGGGGAGCCGUGGUCAAUCAGCAAGCGGCAUAUGCUGGUGCCACUGA